AUGCAGUCUUUAGUGAAAUGGGGUCAUGGGGAGCUGAGAAAUCAUUUAAUUGAUAAAGUACUUGAACAAGAUUUGAGUGGAUAUAGAUACCUUUAUUUUUGCAUGAAUUCCAAUGGGAACAAAAAGGAAGAAAAACCCUACCACUGGACACUUCUUGUAUUUGACACUGAACUUGAUGAGUGGAGACAUUACAAUUCUUUAAGGCCAAAAGACAACAGAGAAGAUCCUUACCUUAAGGAUGCAAAAAAGAUUAUAACAUAUGUGGAUAGCAAGUUGGCCAACAAAACGAAGAGAGGUAGAAGAAAGUUUUCAAACUUGGUUUCGGUGAAAGAUAGUCCACAACAACGCCCAACAUCUGUUGAUUGUGGAAUUAUUGUAUGUUAUAUCAUGUGCCAAAUCAUAAGAGAUGAGUCUAUUGCAAAUUCUAUGGAAGAUGAUGAAAUUAACAAUUUCCGAGCAUCAAUAGUGCAUCAAUUUUUGAAUAAUUAUCCAAAAGCAUGGACUGAGGAACACUUCAAUCUCAAAAAAAAAAUGGGCAAGAGCUAA